ACACUUCGAGUUGCAUUAGCUCUGUUGCUCCCAACCCUUCUCAUUCUCUCUCUCUCUCUCUCUCUCUCUCUCUCUCAAUCCCUCCCUCAUUCAAAACCACAACGCACCCAGAAAUUUUAAGAUCGAGCCCAAAUUUAAUUAUGGAUUCUGCCGUCGUACAACCUCUACAACCCAUCCUCUUCUACGCCAUCCCUGUGCUACUGCUGGUGGGCCUCCUCUCUCGCCUCCGCCAGCGAUACCCCCUCCCGCCGGGGCCGACGGGGUGGCCGGUGAUCGGGAACAUGCGGAUUAUGGACCAGCUGACCCACAAGGGGCUGGCGCGCCUGGCGAAGCGCUACGGCGGCAUCCUCCACCUGCGGAUGGGCUCUGUCCACAUGGUGGCGGUGUCGUCGCCGGAGAUAGCCCGGCAGGUGCUGCAGGUGCAGGACAACGUGUUCGCGAACCGCCCAGCCACGGUGGCCAUCAGUUACCUCACCUACGACCGCGCCGACAUGGCGUUCGCCCACUACGGCCCCUUCUGGCGGCAGAUGCGGAAGCUGUGCGUGAUGAAGCUGUUCAGCCGGAAGCGGGCGGAGUCGUGGGACUCGGUGCGCGACGAGGUGGACUUCAUCGUCCGGGAGACGGUCAGCAGCGUGGGGUCGCCGGUGAACUUGGGAGAGCUGGUGUUCACGCUGACCAAGAAUAUCAUAUACAGGGCAGCGUUCGGGUCCAGUUCGCGGGAGGGGCAGGACGAGUUCGUGAGCAUACUGCAGGAGUUCUCCAAGCUGUUCGGGGCGUUUAAUAUUGCGGAUUUUAUACCGUGGCUCGGGUGGAUCGACCCGCAGGGACUCGGGGACCGACUCGCCAAGGCUCGCCACUCGCUUGAUAAGUUUAUCGAUAUCAUUAUUGACGAGCAUAUGGAGAAGAAGAGGGGCAGCGGCGGCGGUGGCGGUGGGAGGGUGUCGGAUGAGGGGGAGACGGAUAUGGUGGAUGAACUGUUGGCUUUUUACAGUGAGGAGGAGGCCAAAGUCAGCGAAUCAGACGAAUUGCAGAGCUCCAUCAAACUCACCAAAGCCAACAUCAAGGCUAUUAUCAUGGAUGUGAUGUUUGGUGGUACCGAAACGGUGGCGUCCGCAAUAGAAUGGGCUAUGGCGGAGCUGAUGAGAAGUCCGGAAGAUCUGAAGAGGGUCCAAAAAGAGCUGGAGGACGUCGUGGGUCUGAACCGCCGGGUCGAAGAGUCUGACUUCGAGAAGCUCAGCUACCUCAAAUGCGCACUGAAGGAGACCCUCCGCCUCCACCCACCCAUCCCCCUCCUCCUCCACGAGACCUCCGAGGACGCCGUUGUCGCUGGCUACUCCAUUCCGGCGAGGUCCCGGGUCAUGAUCAACGCCUGGGCCAUCGGCCGCGACCCUAACUCCUGGGACGACCCGGAAACCUUCCGGCCCUCCCGGUUCCUCAAGGAGGGCGUGCCAGAUUUCAAGGGGAGCAACUUCGAGUUCAUCCCGUUCGGAUCGGGUCGGCGAUCCUGCCCCGGCAUGCAACUCGGGCUCUACUCGCUGGAGCUAUGCGUGGCUCACCUCCUCCACUGCUUCACGUGGGAGCUGCCGGACGGCAUGAAACCUAGCGAACUCGACACCGACGACGUCUUCGGACUCACCGCGCCGAGAAAGACCCGACUCGUCGCCGUACCGAGUCCGCGCCUGCUGUGCCCCAUCUACUGAUUCAGCGCCCAGUGAGACGAGAAUUACAGAUGAGGAGCGGGGCACAAAAUCGUAUUUCAAAAAGCUAAUGCUGGGAAAGAAACGAUGCUAAGGGGAGGGGUUAAUUUGUGAAUGCAUGGAUUUUUGGUUUGUAUUAUAUAAAAACAUAUGUUUUGAGGGGCAAAACAACAAAUAACUGAAACCAAACGAGAGGACGAAAUUCUCUCUCUGUCAAUAAUACAAGACUGAACUUCUGCAUUUAUUUCA